CCCGCGUUGUUCCCGUCAGCGCUUCAGCAGUGGGGCAAUGUUAUGGCCGUGGCUAUCAUCAUGCGCCUCAACGCCAGCGAACGGCCAUGCUCGUUAUGUCGUUGACAUCCGGCCCUCAGUGACUUGGAACUACAGGGCAUCUACGCGGCAUUCCUCACCGAUGUUUCAUCUUCCAGACGUACCCGGGAGAUUUCAAGUCGGGGCGACUACAUUCGCGUUGCCAUUGAAUGACCCGCAGGUCUUUGGCGCAGCCAAGCUCGCCAAGUCGAGCGGAAACACCCCACAUGAACCCGCAUUACUGCUAGAGGAGGUUGUCUUCACUGCGUUCUACCCGGCCGACAUCAACAGUCCGAGUGCGGAUGGAACGCCUCCGGAGAAACUGAAGAAGUCGCUGGAUUGGAUACUAAGGCCAGUGCACUCGACUCUACGCGGCUAUGCACACUUCGCCAAGGUGCCCUUUUGGUUCACAAAGUUAUUUGUGGGCGCAAUCGCUCCACGUCUGAAGCUCCCAGUGUACCCAAACACUGCCUUGCUCGACCCAGCUGAGGUGUUCUCCGACCCAGAAGCUCAAUGGCCUGUUGUGUUCCACUCGCAUGGACUGAGCGGUACUCGCACAACGUACAGCCAUCUUUGUGUCCGUAUCGCCUCAGAGGGAAAUGUCGUCAUUGCUGUUGAGCACAGGGACGGAACGGCACCGGUGGUGACAUCCCAUUUUGCUGCCACUACCUCCACCGAUGUGAAGGGCAAGAAGAAGCAUAAACCGAAAGUCAAAUACUACUUACACCCGGAAGACGUCAUGUACGACGAUGGGGAAGAGCCACCACACUCGAGAUUCCGCGUCGACCAAUUGCUCUUUCGUGAGCUAGAACUCUAUCUCGCAUAUAGAGGCUUGGCAGACCUUGUCAAUUCACAUCCCAGAGCUGAGGCCGAGAAGCUAGCAUUCGGCGGGAUAUACUAUGUCCGCGGGUACACGGCCCAUGAGCUUCCCCGGCAUGGUCCUUUCUGGAAGAGCUGGACUGCUGGCCGCGUCAAGCUACGAGAGAAGAUCAGCAUCAUGGGCCACUCCUUCGGCGGUUCACUAGUGUUAUCAGUGCUCUCCAAUCCUCCUCCCGCUGUCCCAGGGACCGAUCGCGAAGAGCGUCUUGAGGCUCUGCCGCUCACGCAUGCGCUCGUGCUAGACCCAUGGCUCGAACCACUACCAUCGCCAGGUCCCGCACCACGAGUGGAGGCAACGCGCGACGCGAGAGCCCCCCAGGUGCUCAUCAUCAACUCGGAGGAGUUCACGCUCUGGCGAAACCACUUCGCACGACUGCUGAAGGUAGUGCAUGAGUGGCAACAGCCGAACUCGCUCCCCGGCUCUGGCGACGAGGCCCACAGUGAACGUAGGCACUCCAGUUCUGAGCCAGAGGCAAGUGGGUCCCGUCGCAGAGGCGGGGAUACAGCUAUGGGUGUUGAUGCUCAGGGAGACGAGACGCCCCCGGCGAAGCUUGUGACGCUCAUCCGUGCAAAGCAUGUAUCGUUCUCGGACUUCAGUGUCAUCUGGCCGAUUGGCCACGUCGCGCCCAGCGGGCGGGUGCUCCUCCGGAUGUUAGGGGACCUCGCCUUAGCAUUCUUCAAUGAUGACCUGGGCGCGACGCUGGACGGACUGCCGAAGAGGGAGAUGGAGGAGGAACAUAGAGGCUCUGUGAAGAGUACCCCGCCCGGUAGGAGGAAGAGGAGGCUGAAGGGCAGUGUCGGAGAGAUUAUCGUCCAUUGAGACAUAGAUGCACGCUAUAGUGUUUCAUGCUCCGGAGGUGGUCGAGUCUUGGCUGAUACCCUAAUCAUUGUGCGAUUGAUCCUGGAUAUCUUUGUACGGUACUCGACUUACAAAUCUAAAUUGGCACGACUGUCCGCGUCCCUUUCCUACGUGCUCUGUUUCGGUUCAGAGGGCAUUAAUGGUU